GACUGAGACAAUGCAGUAAAGUGGAAAGCAAACUGACUAGCUGGCUGGUAUGUAAAAUAACGGCUCCAAGUACGUUGUUGGCAAUUUUUAUGAACCCUGUUUCCAUGGUUACGCGGUGACUCGGUAGCGUUUACCACCUGGGAUGACUGGUAUGAACCAAUCUACCGUUAUCAUGUCCAGGUGCCGUAGUUUUGCUCAAUAACGAGGUUAUGUCUAAAAGAUGGUUGUAUGGUAGUACCAACAUGAUGACUUUCCAGGUUAACGCAUCUCUACCUACCGCAAAGGCUUUAAUAUCAGAGGGGAGCUCAAAUUGCAGUCACCGCGGCCCUGAUGCGGCUGGAUAUUCAACAUACAGGAACUUCAGGAUGGGAGCGGGUGGAGGACAAGCGGUUUUCCGGCAAAAUGAUCAUAUAAGGAGGAAAUUUCCUGUGAUACAGCCCUUGAGCAAGUCCAGGGAUGGGAAAUCCUUGGUUAGCGGCUACAGAAUUGGAGGGUCACCUAACUUGGCCAAAGAUGACAACAUGCAAUCAGAGAACACAGACCCAGAGGACAUCAGUGGGAGACACUUUCUCUUUGAUAAAAAGACUGCAAGGUUAGAGAGGACCAGAACUGUGAUUCCUCCCCUGCCAAGAGACUACCACGUGCACAGACCUGGCAACCUGCAUCCCUUCAGCCUCUCCAAGGAGCUUUCCCACAGCCAUGCAGGGCGGCCCUUCACCCUGGGAUACCCUGAGAGAUAUGAGCUGAACACAAAUCCAGCCAUCCUCUUUCCUUCCACUUUAGUCCUCAAUGGCAGAAACACCUUCUCAGUUGAAAACUGCAAGCUCAGCAGGCCUAAGGUGAAUUACCCAACCUACAACCUACUGACUGUUAAAGACAAUCAGAAGGGCCAGUCCUAUCCAGACCCAGUGGUCGGAGCCUCGCGCUCUUUCAUCCACAGGAUAUCUGAGCUGUCCUCUUUGGAGGCUGAGACAGUGAGACAAGAAAAGCUCAAGAAAAUGAGGAAACCUAAAAAACCUCCAUCCUGACAAUCACCUUCUUCCCAGUCACACCGGUCAAGGAUUAAAACUUUCGAGUCUGUGCCAACAACAUCUGAACAAAAUAAAACGUUUAGGGCACCGUGUUCGUUUCAGUGGCUUGUACUAACUGCUUGUUUAUCCUCAGUGAUAUUAGUUUCCUGCUUAACAUGGCUGGUCUUCACAUUUUGGGACUUCUGACCCAAACCUCUCUCUUUCAGUGACCACAUAUAGUAUUUACUGUGGUAAAUUGCAGCAUUUGCCCAACAAUAAAUGCUAAUGAUGAAUAUUAAAUAAAUUAAAUAUUUUUGACUCACAGCUCUAUGUAGGUUUCCACUCAACAUCUGGAUAUUUAUUUGACCAUUUUAAUGGCUUGUAAUGGCUGUUAUGUAAUACUGCCAUCUUUCUUGCUGUAUCAUCAAUAUGUUACAGAUGCUGUCUGGAUUGGAUCUCAUUACAACAGUGUUUCAGACAUUGCCGUUAAUCAAACUCAUGAAACUUUGUUAAGCCAGUGGAGUAUCUAUGUAUAUAUUAAAUAGUUUAGCGAAACUAUUAUUGUGCCUUGUAAAACGUCUUCCUGAAAUAAAACCAAUUUAUUUUUCA